AGGUGAGGGCCGCGGCCGGCGACGGCAGGCGGAAGACCGCCAGGGGCCCGAAGGCCCGCAGGAGGCACGCGGGCGCCUGCAAGGAUGCCGCGCCCUGCGGCGUCGGGGCGUCCGCCUCGGCGCCGGGCGGCGGCUGCGGCGGCCAGCGCAGCCAGGACGAGCACCCCGCGGCCUCGGAGGCGGAGUCCGCGGCCGCCUUCCAGGCGGCCACAAAGAAGCGCGGCGCGGCAGACGAGCAAGGUAAACCAGGCGAGCCGACAGACGAAGGUGCCGCGGAGGAGGAGACGGCCGACGAAAAGGCCGCAGAUGGGGACGACGAGGACAAGGAGCCUGCAGCCGAUGUCGGCGAGGACGAGGGCGACGACGAGGAAGAGGAGGAGGACGAAGAAGACUCGGAUGAAGAAGAGGAGGGCGCCGAGUCCAGCGAGGUCGCAGCAGCAGUGGUUCUGCUUCCUGAGCUUCCGCCGAGCAGCUCGACGGGCAGCGCGGGGGGCUGGCAGAAGUUCCAGCGCCGCCGCCAGAGGGGCGACGCCGCAAGGGAGGCUCCCGACGAGGCGGUGAUGGAGGCCGCCGUGCAGCAGGCCCCAGGGCCGCGCAGCUCUGACAGCGAGAGCGGCCGGGCCGUUCCCGUGCCGAAGGCGGUCCGCAGCCAGGCCACGGGCGCGGAGGGCGGCGCCGGCGGGGCCGGCGGCCUCGCGGACGAGAGGAGC